AUGGUAUUAAAAAACAUUUUCUUAACUUCAACAUUUUUAGUUGCAAAUUUAUUUUUCGCUAAUGCUCAAUUGACUGGUCAAUGGCCACCAGUUGACGUUCCUCCACCAUUCCAAGACGAAUGGAAAAGUUUGGUUGACUUUACUAAACUUCCAGCUGCACCAGUCUCCAAACAAGUUGGUGAUUGUCCUAAAGAUGGUACUGAUCCUUUCUGCUCAUGGACUUGUACCAGAUGUGUCAAACCAGAUGAUAUUGGGGACUCACUUUCGAUGACGGGCCUACGUGAUGAACAAACUGCGAAAUUACUUGAUUUCUUGGACACAACACCCAACACAAAAGUAACUUUCUUUGCUGUCGGUUCUCGUGUUAUAGCACAUCCCGAGUUAUUGAAAAGAGCUAUCACCUCUAAUCAUCAAGUAGGAGUUCACACUUGGUCACACACACCUUUAACAACUCAAACCAAUGAACAAAUUGUUGCCGAAAUCAAAUGGACCGAACGAGCAAUUCAAGCAGCUGGCGGUGUCACACCAAAUAUCCUUCGUCCACCACAAGGUGACUAUGAUGAUCGUGUGAGAGCAAUUGCUACAGCUUUAGGCUAUAGAAUUGUUUUAUGGGAUUUGGAUUCAUUCGACUGGAAAAUAAAGAGCGAACCAGCAAAUAGAACUUCCAAAAGUGUUUUAGAUGAUUUCAAUUUAUGGGUUAACAAUGCUACUGCAACAACUGGUCAUAUCUCCUUAGAACAUGAUCUUUACGAAGAAACCGUCAGUUUGGUUCCUGACAUUGUAAAGAUUGUCACUGGCAAAGGAUUUAAUACCACAACUGUUGGAGGUUGUUUAGCUUUACCAUUGCAUAAUGCUUUAGCUACUCCAGCUGCUGCUCCAGCUGCUGCCCCCUCAUCUGCUGCCGCACCAGCCCCCUCACCUGCUGCUGCACCAGCCCCCGCUGCCUCACCCAAAACCACGACAAAAGCACCAAAAAAACCAAUAAAUGCUAAAAAUUAUGAAGAAGCUAUAAAAAAUUGUGAAAAAGUUUUACAGUAUGAGCCUGAUAAUUAUAAAGCAUAUAUUUAUCUUGGUGCCUCGUAUACAGAAUUAAAUAAAUUAAAUGAAUGUGAAAAUGCUUUAAAGCGUGCUAUUGAAAUAGAUAGUUCUCAAAUUGUUGCCUGGAAGGGACUUAAAAAAUUAUACGAGGAACAAAAAAAUUGGACAAAUCUAUCAAAUACAUAUUUAGAAUUACUUGGUCGUUAUAAUGAAAGUAAAGAUGCACAAAAUACAUUGGAUACGAUUAAUAAACUUGUUGAAUUAUACACACAUAAAAUCAAAGAUAAUAAGAAUCUUAUAGUAACCUUGAAAUAUUUUUUACCAGAAAGUCCAUAUUAUGAUUUAAUAAAAGUACUUCCGGGUGUCGUUACAAAAUCUCGACAAUCUCUACAAACAAUAGUCAGUUUAUUGGAAAAAGAUGAACCAGAAAUAAUUCAACGUGAAAUUAAAUCGCGUAAAAGCCGGAUUAACUCUGGUCCUCCAGAAUUAGUUCAAGCUCAAGUUGAACAAGAAUUAGAAGAAUUUUAUGAUAAAUUAUUUGAAAUUGUUAAAAAAUCUGAUAAUUCUGAUCUAGAUAGUGAGAAUCUUAAAAAAAAUUAUAUUGAGCAUAUUAGAAAGAAACUUUCAGUAUCUUCUGUUGAUAAUAAAAAUAGGUUAUGUGAAAAACUUUUGAAAAUAGCCAAAUCUUUUGUUGACCAAGACUCUCCUUCUCCUAUACCAUAUGAAAUCCUGAUAGAAAGUACUAAUGCGAGUUCUGCAGAUGAAUAUGAUGUUUCAUUACUUGAAAAUUAUUCAAAAAAAUUUCCUGAAACUGGAUGGGUUGAGACUGGUAAAAAAUUAACUCAAAAUAAUAUCAAGACAUCUUGCUAUCUUAAUAUCGGUUCACAAUUUUAUUCAGAUGCCUUACCAUUAUAUAAAAAAGUUUUAAAGAAAGAUCCAAAUAAUAUUUUGGCACUCCAGGGAGUCGGAAUAAUACUUUCUGCACAAAAAGGUUAUGAAAAAUCACUUGAAGUAUUUAAAAAGAUUUUAAAGCUGGAUCCAUCACAUCACAUAUCCAAGAGUGAAAUUGGUUGGAUUCAUUUAUUACAAGAAAAUUACGAGGAAGCUUUAAAAUUUAUUCUUGAAGCAAUUGAUUUGUCUAAUGAUAAUGCUCUUUAUUACUGCCGUUUAGGCAGAAUAUAUUGGGCUAUGGAUGGUGAAUAUCGCAAAAAUAAAAAUUAUGCAUACGCACAAUUCAUUCAUUCGCUUAAACUCGAUUCAGAUUUUGCUUGCGCAUUCACUUAUCUUGGACAUUACUAUAGACUUAUUGAGGAGGAUCAUGUACGUGCAAAAAAAUGUUAUCAAAAAGCUUACACCAUUGACUCAAAAGAAGAGGAUGCUGGAUUUUAUUUAAGUGAAUAUUAUCAUUCUGAUGGUGAAUUUGAUUUGGCUGAAGGUGUGUAUCAAAUUGCAACUCAAACAAAUCCUAAGGCACACUGGGCUUGGAAAAGAUUAGGAUUUUUGGAUUUGGCUCAUGGAAAUUAUGGAAAUGCGGUUUCAAGUUUUCAAACUGCUUUAAAAACCGACUCAAAAGAUAUCAGUUGUUGGGAGGGUUUGGCAGAAGCAUAUGGACGUGAGGGUAAAUAUAGAUCAUCAUUAAAAACCUUUCCAAUAGUCAUAGAAUUAGAUCCUGAUUCGGUGAAUGUAUAUUAUCAAAUGGGUCUUGUCAAUGAAAAGUUGGGAAUUCAUGAAGAAGCAAUAGAACUAUUUAAUACAGCGAUCAAAAAAGCUCAAGACAAAGGAGAUCAAAAUCAUAUUCCAUCUUUAAAGGGGCUUGGUGAUUGUUAUUUAGCUUCGGUAAAGGAAUUUUUUCAAAAAGGAAUUUAUGACCGUUCUGCUGAAUCGCUUGAUAAAGGGUUAAAAAUCAUGUUACAUGCCAUUGAAACAACCACUAAAAUUCAAUGUUUUUGGAAAUUGAUUGGUGAUUUAUCUGUAUCAGCAUCUUUAAUACCACCAAAUUAUCUAAAUUUGAUAUCUCUUGAAACCAUAAAGAGUAUCGUUAAUAUCGCAAAGCAAUCGAAUUUAGAUGAUAAAUUACAUAUUCCUAAAGAUUUGGAUACUAUAGGAAAUAAUCUUAUUGAGAAUUAUAAUAAUAUUGAGGAAUUUACAAGUUCAGAAUUGCUUACAAUGCUUUUAUAUUGUGGAUCCACUGCAUAUAAAUAUGCUAUCAUUCUAAGUGGCAACCAAUCCAAUAGCUUUCCAUCAUUAUGUUGUAUAAAAUAUAUUAAUAUGGCAAUCCGGUGCAUUAAAGUUAGUUUGAAACUUGAGCCAACAAAAUAUGAAUAUUGGAAUGCAUUAGGAAUAAUAACUAUGUUGAUUGAUGCAAAAAUUAGUCAACAUUGCUUUAUAAAAGCAAUCGAAUUUAACGUUAUAUCACAGGAUCCUGCACCUUGGACAAAUAUUGGUAUUUUGUAUCUUUUACAUUCUGAUCUUGAAUUGGCAAAUCAAGCAUUUUCAAAAGCUCAAACACUAGAUCCAGAUUACGUUCCAGCUUGGAUUGGACAAGCUUACACUCACUCACCAAAAUAUAAAUGA